AAUGAUCACAGAGCGCGGGUUGCUGUAGCUGUGUGUGGCGGAAGUGCAAGGAAAUGUGCAUGUUGUGUGUUGGUACCUUGGGCGUCUGGUGGGCAUGAUGUCCGCUGUGCCAGGUUUUACUCCUAGCGGGCAGAAGAGGAGCUUGGCAGAACUACUGGAUGGAAGAGUGAAAAGACUGGACAGAAAAAGCAACAAUUCCGUUCUCCAGGAGGCUGCUUUGUAUUUGCUAAGUUGCAAUCAAGAUGUCAGUCAGUUCCUCUCAGAGGUAGAAGCACCUCCAUAUAAGAAGACAUGUAACCCAGAAAACCCUGUUUCCAUCAAGUCUCGAAUGCCAUCUGCAGCCUUUGUUGGGUCUACAUUAAAAGAUCAGGCAUCAUGUUUGAAAAUAUCACCUGGUAUCCUGACUGCUAAAGCUGCAGUUGCUAACAUCCAGCAGAUCUGUCAGGCAUGCGGAGAUAGUAGUGCUGUGUUAAAUCCGGAACAGAGAGAGAAAUUGUGCAGUUUGCUGAAGACCUUGAAGAUCUUAUUGGCAGAAAAUUGCUUCUGUCGUUCACUUUUUUGCAAGGAAAUCUGGAUUCACAGGCCCCCCUUAGUGUUUGAAGCUGUGUGGCACUUACACAAUGAAGGCAUUGUGUGUCUGGAUGAAAUUCUGGAAAGCUGUAAGGACACCAUAUCUGCUGUUGAUUGGUUGUUUAGUGAGAUGUGCUCACUGUGUCUGUACAUAGACAAUUCAUCCUUGGCUGGUGAUCUUGCUGAAAAGAUGAUAUCUGACUUCCAGGCUUUGUUAGUUGAAAACAGUUUUCGUCGUUCUUCAGCAACUGAGAGAAUUUUGGAACAGCAUAAAACUGAAGAGAUCUGCCUUUCAAUUUUGGAUAAAUUACUUUCAUGGUUACUUGAUGCUGUUAGUGUCGAAAAAUCUGACAAAUCAAGUGCAGAACAACACUGGUUAAGUGCCUUUGAGGUUCACAGAUAUAGAGCACGUGUGGUGCCAGAAUCCAUUGAACAAUUUUUUAUCCAUACACUGACUCAGGUUCUCACAUUCAAGCCAAAGCUGAAAGUGUCGGAUGCCAUCCAGUGCCAGGCAAACUGGAGUUUUGUGAAAACUAGCACAUUGCUGACGGAUUUGUAUCGUAAGCUAUUCGUUGCACUCAGCGCAGAGAAACUGAUUGCUCACAUACAGCUGGUCUUGGACACCCAGGAGGUAAAUUGGCAUCACGUCUUGACUUGUGUUUCCUGCUUGGUUAUAUGCCUACCUGAAGCUCAGCAACUUAUUAAAGAUCUCCUUUGUAGACUUUUAACACAUGCUUUUGAAAGUUAUGAGUUGGAAGGUAUGAUCACUGCGUUCUUGAUUGUAAGACAGGCUGCCUUGGAAGGUCCUGCUGCCUUUGUGUCCUAUACAGAGUGGUUCAAGUGCACCUUUGGAGCUGCUAAUUCUUAUCAUGGCAACAGCAAGAAGUCUCUGGUGUUCUUGUUGAAGUUUCUCUCUGAUAUUGUUCCCUUUGAAGCUCCUCAGUACUUAAAGGUACAUGUUCUGCAUCCACCAUUUGUGCCCACUAAGUAUCGGCCUCUCUUGAUGGAAUAUAUUUCCUUGGCUAAAACCCGCCUAACGGAUAUGAAAGUUUCUAUUGAGGAUAUGGGUUUGUAUGAGGACUUGUCUGCAAGAUCAAAUAAAGUUCAGCCAGAGUCUCAAGCACACCAGGAUGUCGAAAAAGCAUUGAAUAUAUUUGAGAACACAGGCAAGAUUCCAGCUAGUGUAAUGGAAGCCAGCAUAUUUCGCAGACCAUAUUUUACAUCUCGCUUCCUACCUGCCCUCCUCACCCCUCGUGUGCUUCCUGCUGCUCCAGAUGCACUCAUGCUGCUUAUUGAUUCAAUGAAAAGAGCAGAUAAGAUCCCUACAAACAUGUUUAACGCAUAUAUUGAAGCUUGUGAGCAAGAAAAGCUAAGGAAGCAAAAAGGGAGGCAACAAAUGGACCAGUCUCUUCCUGAUGAGCCCCUAGGAAUUCUGCAGUCAGCUCUUUCUGAUCUUCGGCCUCUUGUCACAGAUGCAAACAAAUACGAAGAUGUGUCCGCACAGGUGGCUGUAAUUUCAGAAAAACUCAUUGCAGUCAUGGGAGAGCAGAAGGUGGAUGAUGAUCAGGUGGCUGCGAAGUUCCUCAAACUUGAAGAUGGAGCACAGCUAGAUAUCCAGGAACAAACUGUUGCUGAUCUACUCUUAACCUGCUUCUGCCAGUGUCUUAUCGCUGCCUCCGGUACCAAUCCACCAGACAGACAGGGACAAUGGCCAACCUUAUAUGUGAAGAUGCUGUGUGGACAUCAGUGGGCUUUUGCUGCAGUAUUAAGGAGAAUGUUACAACUUUUGCGUUUCCAGGCUCCUUUCUUGAAAGACUCGCACAUUGUUGGUCUUGCAGCUUUCUCCAUCCAUUUACAUGAGUGCCAGCCUUCGCUCCAGUUCCUUAUAACUGGUGUUCAAAAUCUGGAACAUUACUGGGAAAAUCUGCUUAAUCUCCUAUGCUCAGACUCUGUUGGAGUGUGCCUGAAGUUUUCUGAGCUUCAUCAAGAUAUUUUUUCUGGCUGCGUUCCUCCAUUAUUUCUGCGCAAGCUUCAGUACCUGGUCCCCAGGUUGAUCUGGGAAACGCGUGGAGAGGUGAUUAGAGAUGAUGAGGAGGCAGAUUCACCUCUUAAUUGGAAUUUAUAUGCCCUUGCUGGAUGGAAAGAAGCAGCUCUUUCACUAUGGAACCAGAAUCGCCUGCAAGGUCUGCUAAGGGAGAAGUCCUUCCAGGUAACAUUCAUGGACUGGCUUCUUUGGGAAAUGACACUUAAAUCCAAUAAUGAUGUAUUGUGUGACACAGAUAGGCAAGAGUACCAGCGCUGGGCUGUAAAUCACUACUUAUCUGAAUCCUCUGUUGUUGGUGGCUGUAAUGGAGAUUUGGAGAGAGGCUGCAUAACAAUAGCUGAAGCAGUGCUGCAAUUCAGCAACAGGCACAUACAGCAUUCAGAAUGGGAAUCGAGGAAUAUUUCCAUGUUAAAGAGUCACACAGGCCUGGGUGACAUCUUGUGCAGAUUACAGGAACUGAUUUGUGAUAUAGUGACGUCACAUCACCAGAAAGGACGCAGACAUUUCUUUUUUGCCAUAUUUUAUCAGCGGCUGGAAUUACACAAGGGCAAAAAGGAAUUAAGCAACCAUCUAUCAAAACAAGGAGUAUUGGAGAUGUGCUGCAGGAUUCUUCUUGGACUUCCCCCUCUCUUUCUGAUUAACACUCCAUCUGAAAAAGGCAUUCGUACCCUUGGCUCAGAGGAUUUCUGGCAAUUUGUAAAUAAGGAAUUGAAAAACCUUGGGCCUCGAGGUUAUGCCUUACCAUACAACAUCACAGCCCACUUUUUUAGGGGUGUUAUCAGUGCCAGCGUACAGUGUAAAGAUUCUUCUGAAGCAGUGAAUUCCAUUCUUUCUGCAACCUAUUCCACAUGUCCAGCCCUCCUAAUCUCAGCUGCAGUUGGGUGGCCUCAGCUGGAUCCAGUUUUGAGAAGCCAGUGGUGCUCUCUUUUUGGGGUAGAUUUACCUAAGGAGCUUAGAACACUGAGGGAACAGCAAGCAUCUGUAGAUAGCUGCCUUUCUCAGGGAGAAAAACUGUCCCUCUCUUGUACCCCCUGGCUAUCUGCUGCAUUUCUUUAUUCUACAGUCCAGAGGAAAAAACUUCCAUGCAGUCGAAUGCUUGAAAUUCUUGAUGGUUUGAGCUCAAACUUCAGUAUGGUACUUAUAUCCCUCCUUUUCUUUUCAGUAAUGGAUAUAAUUUACAUGUUUCUUAAGGAUGGAAGGAAACACAAGGAUUUGCUGGAAAACUGUGUGCACAUUAUUCACUGUUUAGAGCAGAAAGGAGAAACCUGGGUGUGGCUGUUCCAGAUGACAGAUGAAAGGAAGCCUGAACUAGGUCUCCAUCUUCACAGAGCAGCAUCAGAUGUAUUUCUUAAUCUUAUGCCAUUUGCUUUCUUCUGGCUUGUCCCUUCACUUCAACUGGAACAGGUAGUCCAGCAGCAAGAUUUCCUCGUUAUUGCACUGGACAUGUACCACAAGUUUCUUCAGCUCUUUGUUGAUGGAAGUCCUCUCUCCAGCUUGUCAGCGAAAUCCCACCAUCUUGAUUCUCAUGAUGUCUUUACCUGUGGCCGCCAGUUCUUACUGUGCUGUGUUCCUAAGUGCCAAAAGCCCAACUCUGCCAUCCUGAAGAAGAUGUUAGAAUCAUGGGAGGAGCAUGACCCUGAGCUGGCUGCAGUUUUGACACGUUCUUUCAAGGCCCCAGAUGACUAUGAUGAUCUGUUCUUUGAGCCUGUCUUUUAACGGAUCAUUUGCUUCCUGAUCAGGCAGGAGGAACAUAAUUUAUUUUCCUAACGGUCGAAUGAAAAUGUAGUAUUUAAAUUUGUAAAAACAAAAAAAAAAAAACAGAACUUUAUCUCUAAGAAAACCCAUCGGGUGUAUGUUAUAGAUGGCUAAUAAUAUCUAGGAUGGCUAUCGACUCUAAUGUGCAUUAUACAGUCUUGAAAGUAGUUCGGAUUAAGCAUAAAAAUAAAACCUCAGGAGUCU